AUGAGCGACUUAGAGAAAAAUCAAGAGACUCCUAUUAAGAAGAACGACAUACCGUGCCCUUUUUGGCUAGAGACGAUUCCGGUUGUCAUUCUCACCAUUGCAGACAUUUUGGUUUGCAAGUACUGGAUCGAUGACCCAAACACGCAGUGGAAGUACCCAACGAUUAGCUAUUGCUAUGCCGCUUUGUGCUUUGGAUGGUGGUUAAUGCUCACUCUCUACAGGUCCAUAUGCUUUGGAAUCGGAGGGUACUAUGAUCUCUACUGGUUCUGCAAUAUUGCUCUUGUGCUAACAACGGUGGGUGUGUUGUGGAGAGUUCCUUCCCUUAUUGGACAGUCAAUGUGCCUUCUUUUUGUUCCUCAUGCUGCCUUCUGGAUAGACUUCCUGACAUAUCCGUGUUUUAAGCGACCUGCCCUCAAUGCCUAUCCUUUCAUGUUCGAUAAUACGACAACUCCUUUUGAAAAGGUUACAUCGUAUCAUCAUUUCUGGUUCUUUCCUGGACUAAUCGUUGUACUCUGGAAACAACCUCUUCUGUCUAUUUGGAGCUAUGUGCUUUCUGUCCUCUUAUUUGUUAUCCUGAAUAUUGUGAGCCAUUACAUGACGCCUGUAACGUGGUAUUAUCCGGAUGGCUCAGAGCGGUAUCUUAAUGUGUGCAUGUCUCACGAUAACCCUGGGUUUGCAGACUCGAUACCCCCGUUUUGUUGGACAGUUGGAAAACCAUUUUUCUAUCAUUGCUUUACUCUAACUAUGGCAUACGUUGUUCCUGUUAACCUUAUUUCGUAUUUUAUUAUCAUUGGGUUCCAAAAACUUGUGUUGGUGGUAUUUUCCUAUGUUUGUUGA